AUGGAUAUUUCAAAGGAUAUUUACAGAAUUUGCAGUUUAGGAAAAACUCUAACAGAAACAAUACAAGAAGUAAUUCACGAAGAUCCCUAAUCAAAAGAAAUAAUUGAAAAGAUAUGGAAGAUUUAUGAUACUGUUCUUGAUGAAGAAAUGUCUAAACUCUAGAAUACUCCUGACGCUACAAUCAACGGAAAGCUUGAAACUUUCUAGCGUAUUCCCCUUGAAAACUCGAAUAAUAAUAAGUAAGUUUGCAGACUCGUAGUUAAAGAUGCAAAAAUUGAUGUCAAAUAUAGUAAUAAUAGCUCAAAAAUUGAUAUAAAACCACAGUAUUUGAAGAUUGUUGCUUAUGAGCAAGCUUCCAAUAAAGAUAAUAAAAACAAAAAAAAGAGUAAUGCAAAGUGA